CUUUAUAUUUUCAGUAGAUACGGAGUAUUACUAGAGCCUAUUUUUUCUUUAUUUAUUUUAAAAUUUUAAUCCAAGCCACGCCCCAGGCAAAACGUCUUACAUGACAAAAUUUGUAUGGAGCAUUUAAGAUGAGGGGCUCUUUCACUUGAGUAGGCGUUGGUUAAAGCAAAGUCUUGUCUGGUCUUGUUCUUUCCCGAGCUCAGAUCUACCGUGUCAAAGUAAUGGCGGAAGACAAGGAUGCCACGUCAGUCCCCCUGAGUCAACCCGCCGCCGACGAUCCAGAAGACCCACUCAAAUCUCCUUCCAAUUCACCCAAUUCGUCUACUCGCAAGGCUUGUUGUUACUUCCUUCAAAGCUGGGUCUCGAAGAAGUUCAUGACUGGAUGUGUAGUUCUCUUUCCUGUUGCGGUUACAUUCUUUAUCACGUGGUGGUUUGUUCAGUUUGUUGAUGGUUUCUUCAGUCCACUAUACGAACAACUAGGCAUUGACAUAUUCGGACUGGGAUUUGUGACAUCACUAGUUUUUGUGUUCUUAGCUGGUGUGUUUGUCUCAUCGUGGCUGGGAUCUACUGUAUUCUGGAUUGGAGAAUGGUUUAUAAAGCGAAUGCCAUUUGUUAAACACAUAUAUUCAGCUUCCAAGCAAAUAAGCUCUGCAAUAUCUCCAGACCAAAAUACAACAGCUUUUAAGGAAGUGGCAAUCAUAAGUCACCCGCGUGUGGGUGAAUAUGCUUUUGGGUUCAUAACAUCUUAUGUCUUCCUUCAGAAAGAUGAUGGUGAUGAAGAACUGUGUAGUGUGUUUGUCCCAACUAAUCACUUGUACAUUGGUGAUAUAGUCCUUGUUAGCUCCAAGGAUAUCAUAAGACCGAAUUUGUCAAUCCGUGAAGGCAUAGAAAUCAUAGUAUCUGGUGGAAUGACAAUGCCGCAAAGCAUUUCUCCUGUGGAAAGGAUUGCUCGGCAAAGUGAAAGGAUCCCACUCAACAGAAUAAUGUGAUUGUGUUGAUGUACCCAGUUUUCUGUUUUCUGGACUGCCGGUGGUUGAGAGUACUUAUGAUCCAGGGGAUGAUAGUAUGAGCUGUAUACUUACUGUAAGAGAUUCAAGUUUGAGAAUGAAAUGGACAGCUCUUCAUAUUGUAAUUAGGUGUCUCUGUGUGUAUUAAUUUAUAUAUAUACACAUAUUUAUAUUUAUAUACUUCCCUUUGGUUGAAAUUAUUUACAUACUUUAACUUUUCUAUUUUCUCUUUCUUCUACCUAUCUCUGAC